AUGUAUAAUAUACGAUUAGCUGCCACCCGAAAUAUGGACGAGAAAGAAGGUGCUAAGCACGAGUCCGACAACACGUCCAAAUAUCAGAAGUAUGAAGUUCAUGAAGGAAUUGUAUUUUGCAUUGAACUUUCAGAGGCGAUGUUCGAAAGACCAGCAGAUCUCGACAAAGUUCAACUAAUAGAGAUACUGGAAACGCUUCUGGAGCUUAUGUCUCAAGUAAUCAUUACACUGCCAGGAACAGGGAUAGGCUGUUUUUUCUAUCAAUGCAAUCAUGAGGCAUCGCGUGGGGGCAUAUACGAGUUUCUACCACUUUUGAACGUAAACGCUCGGAGCAUGAAAAAACUCAACGACUUACUAGAAGACAUCAGAACUAAGAACACAACGCUCGCGAAAGAAUUUCCUUUUGAUUCUAGCCGCGCGACCUCGUUGGAAACAAUGUUUAUCAUUUUACAAGAACAAUUUCUGCGACAAGUCCCAGGACAGAAGGCUUACAACAACAGGAAAAUAUUCCUAUUUACGGACAACGAUCGACCUAAAGAGUCUCAUGAUCCGGAAUCUCGUCUCAGGCUUCGAAAGGUAAUCGACGAUCUGGAUGACAGUUUUAUUAAUUUCACAACUUUUUUUAUUGGGACGAAGCAGAAACCUUUUGAUCAGACUUUUUACAGCGAUGUUCUCAAAUUUGGUGCAAAGAAAAAGAUCUUGGAAACAGGCUACGAGUUCGAUGGCCCUAGCACUGCCCCCAUUUCCGCUAAGUGGAUAAAAUCGCGAGCGUUGCGAAAGAAGGAAAUCAAGAGGGUCAGGUUCCAGUGCCCUCUCAUCUUAGAUGAAACUAACGAUUUUAUAGUAUCAAUCAAAGGUUACACAGUAAUAACUCAUGAAAGAGCUGGAACAAGGUAUAAAACCGUUUAUGACCACAAUGGUCUUCGCAAAGAAGUGCGGUCACGCCGCAAAUAUUUGAACGCCAAUACUGGCGAGGAUGCCACUAAUACGAUCUCUAGGGUUUAUAAGUUUGCCGAGGUUGACAUCGAGCUUUCAGAGGACGAAGUAACUAAAAUUUAUCAAGAUUUUUCUUCUCGCGAGUCUUUCUUGAAACUGAUAGGAUUCAGAGACACUUCCAAGUGCCUCUUCUACUUCGACAACAUUUCGAAUAGUUCUUUUGUUGUUCCAGACGAGACGACAUACGAAGGUUCCAUCCGAACUUUAGGAUCGUUGUUCCGUAAUCUUACUAACAAAGAUAAAUGCGCGAUCGUAUGGGGAAAGCUAAAAAGUAACUCUCACCCUUCACUAUACGUGCUAAGUCCUUCAACUUCUAGGGAUCAGAAUGAAGGCUUUUACUUGUCUAGAAUUCCAUUUGCAGAUGAAAUCAGAAAAUUUCCGCCACUCAUUAAUCAUGACGAGCUUCUGAGCGGUAAAAAUUAUGAGCAGAUGUGCAAAAUUAACGAAACCUUGAUUAAUUAUUUCACCUUGCGCCGCCCCUACAAGCCAUCUGAAUUUAGGAAUCCAAGCCUUCACAAGCAUUUCAGAUUACUUCAUCAUCAUUUGCUUCAGAUUGAAGUUAGCAAUUCCUCUGAUAGUACGGAUCAACAAAUUAAAGAUGACGACACAUUGGCGAAGCUGUAUCAAGUUCGCCAAAAAAUCUUAGAUUCAGCAAAAUCGCAGGACAGUGCUAAAGAAAGGCUUAGCAAUUACGUGAAAGCUUGGAAUAGCGUUUACAAUAAAGAAUACAACCAAGAGCUGGAGCCGGAAGCAAAAUCCAAGAAACCCAAAAAAACUUAA